AUGCCGAGCAAACGCACAAUGUAUUUUCCAGACAAUUCCAGCAACCGCCAGCAACCAGAAGGAGGGGAAUCGGUUGACCCGAACGCGCUGGCAAAGGCUCUGAAGGACUAUGAGACAGCUGGAGCGCGGCGGGAGCGAACCCCGGUAUCCAGUCCGUGCCGCAAGCGACAGCGGGUGUAUGGGGAUCGCUUCAUUCCCAACCGCGAUGGACAAGACCUCCAAGCGACGUACAGCUUGCUGCAUGAGGAUGGUUGCCCCUCAACUCCAUCCAAGGCCAAGAAACGAGGCCCUCAUUCUGAAUUACACUUCCAGAAAACUGACGAAGCCAAUCGCACGUUUUCCCGGGUUUUGCGGAGUGAGUUGUUCGGAAACACCGUUCCUCAGCCUGACCUCAGCGCAACACCAGCCGACCCAUUACUCGGCUUCAGCAACGGGAUCAAUGACAAGACCAGAUCUCACACGCCUCCUGCACAUAUCGCUGCCAACCUCCCUCCCGCGAGCAUCACCCCUUCAACCCCUCACAAGAAUCUUUUCAACUAUGGAGCCUCCAGGCCAGGAUCUGGUCACCCAACGCCCUCAAAAACUCCUCGCAGUAUCCACGGACCCAAUUUGGAUGUUCGCUCGGAAUUGUACAGCCUCUCACCUAUCAGAUAUGAUAGCCAACGAAUACUUGAAACACCCCGCAAACAGGCUCGUUAUGUGAAUAAGGUUCCAUACAAGGUCUUGGAUGCGCCGGAUCUACAAGAUGACUUCUACUUGAACCUGGUUGACUGGGGCAGUAGCAAUGUUCUUGGCGUUGGGUUAGCCAAUUCUGUGUACAUGUGGAACUCACAUUCCGGGCGAGUUACGAAGUUAUGCGACCUCAAAGAUGAUACGGUGACUAGUGUGAACUGGAUUCAAAGGGGUGGAACACAGGGAACUCAUCUUGCAAUUGGCACAGGGAAAGGCCUGGUGCAGAUCUGGGAUGCUGAGCACUGUCGUCGGCUACGGACCAUGAUCGGACACACGAACCGAGUUGGUGCUUUGGCAUGGAACGAUCAUAUCCUUACCUCCGGAUCCAGGGACCGCCUCAUCUACCACCGUGAUGUUCGCUCCCCCGAUCAGUAUAUUCGAAAGCUAUCUGGACAUAAGCAAGAAGUUUGUGGCUUGAAGUGGAAUACUGAAGACGGCCAAUUGGCAUCUGGUGGCAAUGACAACAAGUUGAUGGUCUGGGACAAGCUGAACGAAACCCCACUGUUCCGCUUCUCGGAUCACAACGCUGCAGUCAAGGCCAUUGCUUGGUCCCCCCACCAACAUCAUCUUCUCGCUUCAGGUGGAGGAACAGCAGAUCGCACGAUCAAAUUCUGGAACACAUCAACCGGAUCAUUAAUCAAAGAGGUCGAUACAGGCAGCCAGGUUUGCAAUCUUUCUUGGUCUAAGAUCUCAGACGAGAUUAUCAGCACACACGGAUACAGCCAGAACCAAAUCGUCAUUUGGAAGUACCCACGCAUGGAGCAGAUCGUCUCGUUGACUGGUCACACCUUCCGCGUUCUGUACCUUGCCAUGAGUCCCGACGGCCAGACUGUCGUGACAGGAGCAGGCGAUGAAACACUUCGGUUCUGGAAGAUCUUUGACAGACGUGCCACAAGAGAUAACCGCCGUGAAGGUAGCAAGCUAUCUGAAUGGGGCACCAUCCGAUAG